AUGCUGCGAGACCUGGCGCAUCAUCAUCGGGAUCAUCCUUUGGAACUCCUGAUUGAUAUCGAAUCACCUCCGUGUGUGCUCUAUGGCUCAGCUACUGAGUCUUCUGGUGCACUCCUAAGUGGGCUGUUGACUUUGAGCGUAAAGGAUCCUUAUGAAAGCGAAACAAAUUCUGGGUCAAUCACCCCGGUUAACAGUAAAGAUGGGAAACGAAAAAAUGGUCUGAGCUCUUUGUCUUCAACGUUAUCACAUCUAUCACUAUCUUCUGCACAGGUAUCUCCGGUUCAAUCCAGUACGAAUUUAAAGAUAAUGUCGGGUUAUACAAAGGUUACCAUCACAUCUGUUACACUGACGUUUGUGCAAAAGGUUCAGUACCAUAAGCCGUUUUUACCGGAUGGCCACUCUUUCCACUCGUGUAUGAACUGUAAGACCAAGACUACAGACAUGAAGACUUGGAUUAUUCAGGAUGCUGCUCAGGAUAUGGCUGUUGGUAGGCACUCGUUCCCAUUUUCCUACUUGAUCCCUGGUUCAGUCCCAGCCAAGUCCUUCCUGGGCCUCAAUUCUGCUACCCAGAUAAAAUACGAGUUGAUCGCUGUGGUUACGUAUAAGGAUCCCAAGAGAGGUUCCAGCUCAAAGCAACAACUAGUACAACUAUCGAUGCCCGUUUCAGUGACUAGAAGUAUACCACGUGGACCCGAUAAGAACUCAUUGAGAGUAUUCCCACCAACGGAGCUGACAGCUACGGCUGUUCUGCCAAACGUUGUUUAUCCGAAAUCCACUUUCCCAUUGGAGAUGAAGAUCAAUGGUGUAUCAUCAGCAGAUCGGAGAUGGCGAAUGCGUAAGCUGGCUUGGAGGAUUGAAGAAGUAUCGCGUAUCAGGUGCAAUACUUGUGAGAUCCAUAAACAUGAGCUAAAGCAGUUGGAGGAGACGGUCAAAGAGAAGGAAGCCAACAAAAAGGCAGGAGCGAUAAAGAAGUACAACGGCGAAUCAGGGCCUCAGGUUAGGCUCACAGUUGGAGCAGAAAAUCCUCCUUCACAAGCUAUGGGGCGAGGUUCAUCACUUGAGGCUACACCUUCAAAUACUCAAGCUUCACCAGGAGAUCAAGACGAAGAAGACGCCCCUAAUGAUUAUGUUCACCCCAGCGAUGAUGCUUUACGACAAGAAAUUCAACGGCAGCAGCAGCGCCUACGUGAACAGCAGGUGGAAGAGACUAAGAAGAAUGAUAUUCAAAUUUACACAGAAGAGAUACGAACUGUUACGAGAGGAGAGAUGAAAAGUGGAUGGAAGACCGACUUUGACAACAAUGGACAGAUCGAGUUGAUCACCGAUAUAGAUUGUACGCCUGUAAACUCCGGUGUUGCUAACCCCAUUACCCAUGUCUCUACUGCAAGUCCUAACGUUGAGCCCAUAAAACAGGAUACAAAUAUAUCCUGUGAUAUUCAGGAUCCGACGCUUGGAGUUUUUGUUAAUCACAUACUCGCAGUAGAGAUCGUUGUUGCUGAAGAAACUUUGCAGCAUGCCAACGGUCAACCAGUGAGGAAAUCCUCUGCUAGUGGUCCUUCAUCCAAACCAAACGUCAACGACCCUGAUCAAAGGUUAGCCGAGCUAUCGCCUAUGUUUGCGAAUAGGAAUAACGCCAGAAGUCGCCCUGUGGAUGCCGAUACCUUGACUCCAACGCAUUCAACUAGCAGCACCAAAUCUAAUGGUAGCAGUAAAGGUACUGCUGCUAACAGUAGAUCGCGAAUAGUGAGUGUUCCUACUGGUGCGGCGCGUGUGCUACGGAUGCAGUUUCGUAUUCUGAUAACUGAAAGGUCGGGACUAGGAAUUUCAUGGGACGAGGAAGUACCGCCAAUAUAUCAGGACAUUAAGCUUCUCUCGCCUCCAAGUUACGAAAAGAGCAUCACCAAAAGUGCUACCGCUCCUUCACUUGGCGCAAUCGAUCAGUCGGGAUUCCCAAGAGAGAACAGAAGCGACAUACUAUUGCAGUCGAUUUCUCCUCCCCCUGUAGCUCAUCAUCAUAAUUCUUCCACAUCUUUGAGGGCUCUUACAACUGUCCAGUCGCCUAACUUAGAUUCUGUGGUUAGCAUUCAAGGUAAUGUUCCAUUCCAAGAUCACGCUUUGACGCCGCAUGCUACCAGAGAUAUCUCGAUUAGAAAUAUAUCAGAGCUAAUCGACACUGAUAGGAUUACUCAAUAG